GCCACGAAAAAAUCACUCGCCCCUUAAACUUCUUCCUUGGAUGCCGUUACUAAUCCAUCCUCAUUUCUCUCGCAAAUCUCCAUCGUCGGCGGCGGCGCGGCGGUCGAGGUCGACGUCACGAGAGAUGGCGGCGGCGGCGGCUGGGGUCACGUGCCACCUCUGCCGCGAACACCAGAUGGAGAUGGAAUGCUGCCGCGGGGGCCUGCUGCCGCGCGGCUCCACCACCGCGCUCCCCGACGCCGCCGGCGGUGAGGCGGAGGAGGAGGAGGAAGACCGCCUCAGCGCCCUCCCCGACGACAUCCUCCUCCCGAUCCUCGCGGCCCUCCGCUGCGCCCGCGCCGCCGCGCACACCUCCGUCCUCGCGCGCCGGUGGCGCGGCCUCUGGGCCCGCCUCCCCGUCCUCACGUUCCACCGCGUCGCCCCCGCCCCGCUCCACGCCGCGCUCGCCACGGUCGCCGCCGCCGGCGGCGCCGCCCCCGCGCUCCUCGACAUCGACCUCUUCAGCCACCACGACCUCGACCCGGCCUCGCUGCUCGCGGCCGCCGCGGCGGUGGCGCCGGGAGAGCUCGUCGUGAACGCCAGCUGGUCCGCGCGAAGCACCGAGCUGCCAUGCUUCGACCGCACCGCCUCGAUCAAGAUCGACGUCCACUUCGCCGGCUUCACGCUGCCGCCCGCCGGAGUCUUCCCGGCGCUCGAAACCCUCCACCUCGAGAACUGCUUCGUCGACCUCGGCGACAUGAUCCCGCGCUGCCCGCGCCUCCGCAAGCUCUCCAUCCCGUUCUGGAACGCCACCGCGGUCACCGUCCGCUCGCCGUCGCUCGAGGAGAUGGAGGUGUAUGCCAAUUUCAAGAUCACCAUCGACAUCGUCGCGCCCGCGCUGAAGAGGCUGUAUCUGGAUGCACGUCGCGGGAUCAACACGGAUGCCGGCGGAUUUACGCUCUCGGCGCCAUCGGUGGAGGAUCUGACAUGGAACUGCGAGUGCCAGGCCGUGAGCGAUAGUUUUGGUGUGAGAUGGCGCAUGUGGAGCUUGAGCUUUAGCUCAUCAUGUCUUGACCCCCAUGGGAUUAUGCAGAUGCAGCAGAUGGACAACAACGGCGAAGCCGAAACCGCGCAUUCGCUGUCAUUGUCGUCGUCGUCGCAGCGACGCCCUCGUGGUGGCGUCCUGUCUCUGAACUUAGAGACCAAUGUCAUGACAGGUGAUUCAACCAGGAGCUUUGAGCAAGAGAUAUUCCGGUUUCAAGUUACGGACAACUUUUCUGUUUUGGAGCUGGAUCUGAAGGCACAAGGGCAUGUCUAUGGGGCAAUCGUCCUGCACCUACUUGGCAUUUGUACCUCUACACAAAGGCUUAGGGUGUUGCUAGAUGAAUUUCUGUCGCAGGACUCAUGCUUUGUAAGUUGCCGUUGCGACCAGCCCAAUAACUGGAGAAAUCAAAGUAUCUCCUUGACUGAUCUUAAAGAAGUAGAAAUCAGAGGCUUCAGAGGACAAAACCAUGAAGUUGAUUUGUUGAAGGUGCUCCUGAGAUGCGCAACCGUGCUCGAAAGAGUGACCGUCAGAUUUUCCAGGAAGGUUACACCGAGUGAUUGUCGAUGCAGGGAACUCAGUGGCAUUUUAGAGGCCUAUCCUUCUGUGAAAUGCAGUGUUUAUUAUCUCCAAUCUGGCAAGCAGGUUUUCAUAUGCAGGCAGCAAUAGGAUGCUAGCUCUUGGAUGUAACAGUGGUAUUCGCUUUAGCACAAUAUUGUCCAAACUAGAAGUUCCAAUUUAUCAGGUAAACUUUGUCAUGUUUGGUUUAUUUUUGAAUGGAUAUUGCUAGUUUGUCAAUGAGUGAUGGUGGGAGUUAUGUGCCUAUUACCUUAAAUGAUCUGUGAGUGCAUAUGCUACACCUAUGUUAUUGGUGUUAGAGUAAUCAAAUAGGUGGUGGUGUUUCCAAUUCUCCUUCCCUAAUUGUGCUACGAAGCACAUGCUUUAGCCGUCAGAUGCACUUCGAUGUGAAAUAGUUAUUCCACGGAUAAACUAAAUGGUUAAUUCAUCCGAACUUAGGCAAGGCAUGAUGCAUUGUGUGCAUGUGUACCUUGCAGUGAUACCUGUACAUGUUUUUUUUCCAUGUAAUAAUUUUAAAAAAACCAGCAUUAGGGAUAUUUGUUUCCUAAAAAAAAUUUCCAACAUGAGCAAUCACUUUUCCUAUAACCUAGUUGUUGUUAUGGGCAUAUGAAUUGAGACCAGAAUUCCAAAAGGCCGGUGAUAAAAGGCCAAAAGGCUAACCAUUCAAACGUAAAACUUUAUUAAUUUUUCACUGGAAACUAGUUUUUCUAGAGAAAGCGGUAUUAAUUUGAAGCCUAAACUUUUACUAGAAACCAGUUUGUCCAGAUAAAUAUAAUUUGUUGGGCACCAUAUAUUGGUUCAAACUUUUGUCAUAUAUAUAUAUAAUGAAAGAAAAUUGAAUAAGGAAUGGCUCGUUUAGUUCAGCUGUAUCAUUUUUCUGCAACUAGUAUACAUUCAAUUCCACAUGCUCAGACUAGAUAGCCUCUUAUUCAUGAACUUAUAAUUACAUAUAUUUUUUUAUUAUAUGUGCUACUAGUUCCUCAGUAGAUAAAACGGGAUCAAUGAGAAGAGUUCAGAUUACGGCAACCGAUAACUUAUCUGUGAGAUGCAUAUAUACCAAUGAAAGACUUAUAAGGCACGUAGCAUAUAUAGCUACAUAUAUAUACACCACACAUCGGAAUGGGAGUCAUCGUGAUCGGAAGGUGAACUCUGUCAUUUCGCCGACCAGUGGCGAAUCUAGAAUAAAAAUAGAGGGGUGCUAUGUAUAAAACUUAGAUAAAAUUAAUUAAGACAGCUAAAUAUACAUCCAUGACGUAUUUUGCUAAUCAAAUCGUAAAAUUAAUAAAUAAAUAGAAAGAGGGUGGCAUCAUAUAAAAUAAAAUAACUCUAGCUCGUCGUUUAUUAUUUGGAAAAGUACUUGUUAACCUUGCUUCUCCACUUUAAUGUGCAGUUAUAUCCACUAAAUUCUGGCAAACAAAAUUAAUUUGAUAGGAAUGAUGCGCCCAUACACUGAAAGAUUUCCAAACCUAAAUUACCAAUAAAGAGUCUCACGUUUACAUACUAGUACAACAGAUGGAUUAAUGUCCAGUCCAGCUAGCUAGAAUAUGUCGUAGAGGCCCUGACAAUAAAGAUAUAAUGAGGCAGUAGACAGCAACGUUUUUAUUCCUGAACCUGACUGUGAAAUGCACAACCGUGGAGCUGGGGCUCGAGCCCCAAAAAGCCCCAACGGUGGAUACGCCAAUGUCGCCAACUAUCUAUGAUUCCUGAUUGGUUAUGUAUCUACAAUCAACAUCCAGGUUUUUAUAUAUACCAAUGCGAUAAAAACCUAUCUGGAUUCACUGUAACACACAACCACCUCAUCCUAUAUGUUUUGAACAAUGCAAGCGUUGGAGGCAAUUGGAGGGCUAUAGGAACCAGUGGAAGGACAUCAGGGCUAGCCGGCCUGUCUCUCGGAUAUAUCGGAAGGCAAAAUGAAUUAUUGUCGGAGUGAUAAUAUAUGACACUAAAACAGUACUGGAAAUAGAUGCUGCCGCGACUGCAUGUUGAUGAAGGGAAGAAUGCCGAUGUUGUGUGAGCACCACAUCAAGACUUCGAAAACCGUAGGAUUGAAUUGUUCUUCAACACUGUAACAAGCGUCUUUUCAAGGCCAUUCUAUGACAUAAUGCUUACCAUGCAUGGACGCCAAUUUCAGUUCU